CACUUUUACUAAAUAUUCAAACAAAAAUUCCACAAUCAAAGUUCUCGCGCUGAUUCUUUCCUUCGCCUCCAUUUUUUACUUCGUACCAAAGCAAACACCGAGCCGAUCUCGGACCCGAUCCGACCCGAUCGGGAAAUGGGGUUCACGUCAUCAGCUUCGGCGAACAUGAUCGUGACGAACACGCCGGCGGCGGACCUAGCGCUGACCAACCUCGCCUACUGCUCGCACGCCGAUCUCCACGGCUUCGCCGUCCCCGGCACCAAGCUCUUCCUCGCUUCCAUCGGCGAUUCCUUCGUUCUCUCUGUUUCUGCUCAUGAAAGCAUACGCAGUGGCCAGAUUGCCCUAAAUGCGAUUCAGCGUCGGCAUGCUAGAGUUUCCUCUGGCGAUUCGAUAUCUGUUAGCAGAUUUAUUCCGCCUGAUAAUUUCGACCUGGCGUUGCUUACACUUGAGCUGGAGUUUGUGAAAAAGGGGAAUAAAAAUGAACAGGUUGAUGCUGUUCUUCUGGCUAACCAACUUAGAAAGAGAUUUAUCAACCAGGUCAUGACAACGGGGCAAAAAGUAUCGUUUGAAUAUCAUGGGAGCAACUAUAUCUUCACUGUCAAUCAAGCUGCUGUCGAGGACCAACAAAGCACUAAUGCUCCUGAAAGAGGGAUGAUUUCAAGUGAUACAUACUUUGUCUUUGCAACAUCAAAUGGGAGUGGAAUAAAGAUUGUCAAUCAGCGUGAAGCAGCCAGCAGCAACAUAUUCAGGCAAAAGGAGUUUAAUCUUCAAUCACUUGGUAUAGGUGGCCUAAGUGCAGAGUUUGCAGAUAUAUUUCGAAGAGCCUUUGCUUCUCGUGUUUUCCCUCCCCAUGUGACAAAUAAAUUGGGGAUUAAGCAUGUGAAGGGAAUGCUGCUUUUUGGGCCUCCUGGUACUGGAAAAACACUUAUGGCUCGUCAAAUUGGAAAAAUGUUGAAUGGGAGGGAACCAAAGAUUGUUAAUGGACCUGAAGUUUUGAGCAAAUUCGUUGGUGAAACUGAAAAGAAUGUUAGGGAUCUUUUUGCCGAUGCUGAGAAUGAUCAAAGAAGUCGGGGGGAUCAAAGUGAUUUGCAUGUAAUAAUUUUUGACGAAAUUGAUGCUAUUUGUAAGUCAAGAGGAUCGACUAGAGAUGGUACAGGAGUUCAUGAUAGUAUUGUAAACCAGCUUCUUACCAAGAUAGAUGGUGUGGAGUCUCUAAAUAAUGUUUUACUUAUUGGAAUGACCAAUAGAAAGGAUUUGCUUGAUGAAGCCCUUUUGAGACCAGGACGCUUGGAGGUUCAAAUUGAGAUAAGCCUUCCUGAUGAAAAUGGUCGCUUACAGAUUCUUCAAAUUCACACAAACAAGAUGAAAGAGAAUUCUUUUCUUGCUCCUGAUGUGAACAUUCAAGAGCUUGCUGCACGUACAAAAAACUAUAGCGGUGCUGAACUUGAAGGUGUUGUAAAAAGUGCAGUAUCUUAUGCUUUGAAUAGACAACUAAGUUUGGAUGAUCUUACCAAGCCAGUUGAUGAAGAGAGUAUUAAAGUUACUAUGGAUGAUUUUUUGAAUGCACUCCACGAAAUAAUUCCUGCAUUUGGAGCCUCCACUGAUGACCUUGAACGGUGCAGACUAAAUGGCAUGGUGGAUUGCGGUGAUCGACAUAACGACAUUUAUGGAAGUGCUAUGCUACUUGUGGAGCAAGUUAAAGUGAGUAAAGGAAGCCCGCUUAUUACCUGCCUCCUGGAAGGCCCGAGUGGAAGUGGAAAGAGCGCGCUAGCAGCUACUGUUGGCAUUGACAGUGAUUUUCCAUAUGUCAAGAUAGUCUCAGCAGAAACGAUGAUUGGUCUCCAUGAGAGCACUAAAUGCGCACAAAUUGUCAAGGUAUUUGAGGAUGCAUACAAGUCACCUUUGAGCAUCAUCAUUCUUGAUGGCAUUGAAAGGUUACUGGAGUAUGUUGCCAUUGGGCCUCGUUUUUCAAAUUUAGUUUCUCAGACUUUAAUGCUUCUGCUCAAGCGUCUACCUCCAAAGGGAAAAAAACUUCUGGUUAUAGGGACAACGAGUGAAGUCAGCUUCUUAGAUUCAAUUGGUAUUUGUGAUGCUUUCUCUGUCACUUACCAUGUUCCUACAUUGAAAACAGAGGAUGCAAAGAAGGUGCUACGACAGCUGAAUGUUUUUGCUGAUGAAGACAUCAAUGCAGCUGCAGAGGCCCUGAAUGAUAUGCCUAUCAAGAAGCUCUAUAUGUUGGUUGAGAUGGCAGCCCAGGGUGAGCGUGGUGGAGCUUCGGAGGCAAUAUACUCCGGCAAAGAGAAGAUGAAGAUGUCUCACUUUUAUGAUUGCCUUCAAGAUAUUGUCCGAUACUAGUUUCUGCAUGAUUAGUUCCUUUUUGAGAGCAUAUGUACUGUCAUCAAACUGAGAAAUGGGAAUACCUAUUUACUUAACAAAAAAAAAAAAAAAAACAAACAAACAAUUUCAUUGAUUGCCAUUUCAUUUUUUUUAUUUGUGGAGAUUGGUUGUAAAUAUAUAUAUAUUUUUUUUGUCCCCGAGUAUGAGGAUUGAGAACACAGCGGAAAUUUAUGAUCAUGAGUUGAGAAUC